CCCCCAACCCCUCGUGGGGCUCUCCUGCUCUCCUGCGCCUCUAUAGCAGCCACUCAUGGUGACGGGGUGUGUCCUUUGCCCUCUGCAGGAUCCUCAGUGCCCCCUGGAAACUACUGUAAGGAGAGAAAAUGACCGCCUUUGAAAACGUCACCCGGGCCCUGGCCAGACAGCUAAACCCUAGAGGGGACCUGACACCCCUUGACAGCCUCAUAGACUUCAAGCGCUUCCAUCCUUUCUGCCUGGUGCUGAGGAAGAGGAAGAGCACACUCUUCUGGGGUGCCCGCUAUGUCCGCACUGACUACACCCUCCUGGACGUGCUUGAUGCCGGCAGCUCGCCUUCAGAUCCAACAGACUCUGGGAACUUUAGCUUUAAGAAUAUGCUGGAUGCCCGAGUGGAGGGAGAGGUGGAUGUGCCAAAGACCGUCAAGGUCACGGGGACUGCCGGGCUGUCCAGGAGCAGUACCCUGGAGGUCCAGACACUCAGCGUGGUCCCUAAGGCUCUGGAGACCUUGCACCAGGACAGGAAGCUGUCCGCCGAGCACCCGUUCCUGAAGGAGAUGCGAGACCGAGGGGAGAACCUGUAUGUGGUCAUGGAGGUGGUGGAGACCGUGCAGGAGGUCACUCUGGAGAGAGCCGGCAAGGCGGAGGGCUGCUUCUCCCUCCCGUUCUUCGCCCCUUUGGGACUACAGGGAUCCAUAAACCACAAGGAGGCCAUAACCAUCCCCAAGGGCUGCAUCCUGGCCUUUCGAGUGAGACAACUGAUGGUCAAAGGCAAAGAUGAAUGGGAUAUUCCACAUAUCUACAAUGAUAACAUGCAAACCUUCACUCCCGGAGAAAAGCCAGAGGAGAAGUUCACCAAGGAGGAACAUGAAGACUUCAAGACACUAAAAGAAGAAGUUCAAAGAGAGAUCCAAGAAGUGAAGAAGCUAAGCCGGGUAGGGCAAAGCUCCCUGCUCACCUCCCUCAGCAAACUUCUCGGGAAGAAAAAGGAGCUACAGGACCUGGAGCUCAUGCUUGAAGGGGCUCUAGACAAAGGACAUGAAGUGACCCUGGAGGCACUCCCAAAAGAUGUCUUGGUAUCAAAGGAGGCUAUGGGUGGCAUCCUGUAUUUCCUCGGAGCCCUAACAGAGCUAAGUGAAGCCCAACAGAAGCUGCUGAUAAAAUCAGUGGAGAAAAAGAUCCUACCCAUGCAGCUAAAGCUGGUGGAGAGCACAAUGGAACAGAGUUUCCUACAGGAUAAAGACGGUGUUUUCCCCCUGCAGCCUGACCUGCUCUCCUCCCUUGGGGAAGAGGAAUUGACCCUCACAGAAACCCUAGUGGGGCUGAGUGGCCUCGAAGUGCAGAGAUCGGGCCCCCAGUACACGUGGGACCCAGACACCCUCCCCCGCCUCUGUGCCCUUUAUGCUGGCCUCUCCCUCCUGCAGCUGCUGACCAAGGCCUCCUAA